AUGGUGGGCGAGCAACCGUUCCAUGGCUCUACGGAUGAGUCCUUCCGGUACAAUUUCGGCAAAACGGAGUUCCAGGUCGACUUCUCGAGCGCGAGGGAAGGUACCUCUACAAAUUUGUCGACGGGAAAAGCCCGGCAGAUUUGCUUUGUGCCACGAGGCCAGUCACCUCCUGGCAUGGAGCGCGAGCCGGAGAGCUCCAUGCAGCCGCAGGUGACAGAGGCGACCGACCGACCGAUGCAGGCAACGAAGGCGGAUAGCAACCUCCCCACGUGCUAUUACCUCGCAGCUGGCACAUCCAGCCAGUCCUACGACGGAGAGUACCACUGGCUCAUUGAGCUCGAAAAGGGCUGGAGCCCCUGGAUGCCGGGCAACGAGCCCUUUGAUGGCAAUACGGAUCAGCCUCUUCGGUACACCCUUGGACGGUACGACUUCGAAGUCCACUUCGAGGACGAAACCCACGGAACGCAGACCAACCUUACUACCGGGAAGGUGAGGCGCAUUCAGUGCUUAAGGAAGGGAGAGCCCGUCCCCACCUGGGAAGGCACGGGAAUCCGAAGACGGCCUGCCAAUGGCGCCGGAGCCGAGUUGGCAGCAGCACCGGCCGAGUCGGCCGCCAUGGCCGCGCAGUCAGACCGUUUCGGGCGGCGAGCACCGGCUGCGUACCCUUCUGCAACCACUGGGGCACCGGUCAAGGGAACGCAGAAGUUUUCGCUCCGCACCUCCAAGCCAGCGGCCACCACGCGGCCCCAAGUUUCCGAGGCGGCACACAAUGCGAGUGUCCCGCUGCGGAGUCCCGGCUCCACUCCCGGCGGGACGAUGCCACGCUUCAUGCGGCCACUGAAGUCCAAGCCUUGA